UUCUUAAGAACAUUUUCGUGAAUCCGGCCCCUACUCACUGACGCUUUGCGUCACGAAGACACGCCCACAACGGAAGUGCGGCCACUGGGUUUCCUGUCAUUUUUAUGUAGAUCAAUAUCUAUCUUUUUAAGGAAAACCUUCUGACAAGCUCAGCAUACUUUUUUUCUCUGAAGCGGACAAAAGUGCGUUACAUGAAGAUUCCAAGAAUUUCAUUACAAGAGCUCAGAUUUAUGUAGAUCGCUAAAUUUGAUUUUUGCAAGCUAGCUGACUAAGCUGUCACUUGAGCCAUUAGCCUGCUAGUCGAGUGAUCAGCAGUUAAUGCAACAUACUGGAAGAAACUGAAAUAAUUCUCUCUUUGAUCAAAAUCAUACCUGUGCACAAUUGUUUUCCAUUAACGUGGACAGAUGAAGUGAAACGACUGACAAGAUAAUCAGGCAUUGGCAAGCAUAGCCAGCUAGCUUGUCAAAUCGUGCAAUAGCUAACCCAGUGCAGGGAGUUUGAAUAUUUAUUUCACUGUCUUGUUUCUCAGAUGAUCACAACUCGUUUCUACUCAUUUAUAUUUUGCUCUAUCUCGUAGUCUUUGGUUUUUAGAAUCGCAAUGCUGGCACCACCAAUCCCUACCAUCAUGCCGGCUCUUCUGGAGAGGCCCAAACUGUCCAAUGCUAUGGCGCGUGCCUUACACAAGCACAUUAUGAGAGAGAGGGAGCGGAAGAGGCAGGAGGAGGAAGAGGUUGACAAAAUGAUGGAGCAGAAACUCAAAGAAGAGGAAGAGAGGAAGAGGAAGAAAGAGAUGGAGGAGAGGAUGUCCUUAGAGGAGACCAAAGAGCAGAUAAUGAAGAUGGGAGAGAAGCUGCAGUGUCUUCAAGAGGAGAAGCACCAGCUAUUCUUGCAGCUGAAGAAAGUCCUGCACGAGGAGGAGAAAAGACGACGCAAAGAACAGAGUGACAUGACAACUCUGACUUCGGCAACAUACCAGCAAAACAUGGCCAUCCACACAGGACAGCACCUUCUUAGCAUGCAAGGUGACCCCUAUUCGGCAUCUUCAGUGAUCUCUCUAAGAAGUCAGGUGAGUCAUGGGCGUCCAGGGGCUCUUCUUGGGGAACGCAGUAAACAGCUCUUCCAUUCUCCAGUCAUGCCUCCACGCCAUUUCCAGUCUCAGCCUGGAUUUAGUGCAGGUGGAACAGAGCAUGGUCAAUACUCUGGAACCCAGCCCAGUCACAGCCCUUAUGGAGUAAACCAAUCACAGCAUACAUCACCCUUUGCCUCUAGUCAGCCGGUGUCAGCCAACUAUGCCAGUGGUUCACAACUCAGAGGUGCAUCAGCAUUCCAGGCCAUGCAGUACCUGCCCCAUCAGCAGCAGGGCUAUGCGUUCAACAGUCAUUUCACUUCUCAGCCAGGUUAUAUCCCCAGUGCUGGGAUUCCUCUGCAGAAACAGUUGGAACAUGCCAACCAGCAGUCUGGGUUCACUGACUCUAGUCCACUGAGGCCCAUGCAUCCACAGGCUCUACAUGUUAGUGCUGCAGGUUUGCUGCCCAACCCCUCCAUUGCUGUCCAGAUCCCUCCUGGAAAGUCUGCCCUACCAUAUGCACACCCACCAAGACCAGCUUCCCCAGGUGCAUUCACGCAUGGAACGGCCACACAACAAACACAUGCAGCUACAUUUCAAAGCUCUUCUCAACCAGCCCCUCGCCACACCUACCUCUCUCACAGCCAGUCAGGGCAGAGGUUUUAUCACCAUGGCAAAUAGCCAUCCAGUUCAGAUUAACCAUAUGCAAGAUUUUAGGGAAGGAAGAAAAGAUCCAUCACUUGCACAGCACACAAGCUUGGCAUGUUAUGAUUUAGAACACAUGACUGUAUUUCUGUCACAAUCAAGUUGUUUUCUCUGUUAUCUUUCAACUAAAAGACCUCCCUUUGCAACAGGGUAUGCAAUUUACUUAAAUAUUACAGUGGGAUGUGUCUGAAUGUAAAUUUUUUAUUCAUUUUAAAAACACAAUAACAGCUGUACCAACAUUUGUUCCAUCAAAACAGCAACCAUACAUGACAAAACUAGAGGUAAAUCUGAUUGUUUAAAACAAUUAAUCUCAAGUUCUGUAACAGGCCUCCCACUCAGGACUGUUUAUAACUUGCAUUAAUGUUGAUGUAUGCACCUUUUUCCCUUGUUCAAAAAGGCAAGCUGUCACAGGAAAGUAAUAUUUUCAUAUGAUUUUAAAUUGUAAAUGUAACAUUUUAGCUGACCAACAGAAUAUCACAAAAAUUGCACUUGAAAUUGUAUUAUUAAUCUGUUAAAAAGAGCUUGUUAACAAUAUUAAUGUUAAUAAAUAGUUGUGUAGAUUUGUUUUACAUCUUAUUUGGAAUCUAUGGCUUAUAUUAGGCUUUAACCUAAUUGUUUGGUAGAGUGAAAGGUUGACGGGUUUAUUUUGACCUAUGUAAAACAACUUGAUGAAGACAAUUCAGUUCAAUUACUUGUCUUUUAUGUUUUUGUGUAAAGCAUUAUGUAAUAACUGGGGGAUUCCACAGUAUUCAGCUGCACACUGGCCACAUAUUACUCCACUUCAUCUUUAAAGCAUGCAAUUUUUUUCUGUUUUAUUUUUAGAGCCCCCAUUUCUCUAAAGUUUAAGCAAUAAGGCAGACUGUGAUAUAUUGAAACCACCUAACCUAAAGAGAAGUACCCAAUAACAGAAUAUUGUAUGGUAACAUUUUCCAUCACUUUUAUCAAUGAUCCUGUAAAGGGAUUAUUGAAAAGGUGGAGGCGAGAACCGGCUUGACGAUAUAAAUAAUAGUUUAAUGAAGAACUAAACAAAAAGACAAACACACAAAGGUGUCAGACAGCUGCCUGUAAAUCUCUCUCUCCCUCGCACUGCAGCUUCCAGGUGGCCUUUAUCCCUCUUUGAGGCUUGAUUAGCCUAAUUAGGGGCCGGGUGUGUAGAAUCAAGACCCAGCCCCACCCUCUGCCCUGUCACAGAUACAAACCAAUAUUACUUUUUAUUAAAAAAUAAAUUCAAGGAAAAAAUGUUUAUGUUAAAUGGAUAGUUCACCCAAAAAUUAAAACUCUCAUUAUUUACUUGCCUUCAUGCCAUCCCAGAUGUAUAUGACUUUCUUUCUUCUUCUGAACACAAAUUAAGAUUUUUAGAAGAAUAUUUCAGUAGAUCCCACACCAAUGCAAGUGAAUGGUACCAAAUAAAUAGUUAAAAUAAUUGAUAGUAAAAAAAAAAGGACCUAAAUAUUGAUCCGUUUCUCACCCAAACUAAUUUAGCUUCUGAAGAUAUGGAUUUAACCACUGGAGUCGUACUUUAUGCUGCUUUUAUAUGCUUUUGGAGCAUUGUGAGGACCUACAGAGCUAAGAUUUUCUUCUAAAAAAAGAAAGUCAUACACAUCUUGGAAUUUUGGAUUCAGGCUGGGGCGCCUGGUCUGAUCAACUCUCUCCACUCCCCCAUCCCCAUCUCUGGAUGGAAGACGCUGCCCUUCCGGACGUUCUGUCAAUCAGUGGUCCACCCCGCCUACUGUGAACCUGGGGGAAGAGACGAGGGGAGGCGUGGGGAGAGGGAAAGGGCGAGCGGAGACAGAUAGAAGAAUGGUCCUCAACCGCUCCUUCGCCCUUUAGCGGUAGCCAGCUCGCUCCUCCCCCGGCGGACGGCAGUGUGUCCUCCGGCUCUUGGCGGCCAGCAGCGACCCCUCCGUCCCCAGGCAGACGGCCACAGCUGCUCCCCUGGCAGAUGGCAGCGGCAAAGACUCCGCGACAGCCCAACCCUUCUCCCUCCCAGGUUUCGACACCAGUAUAACAGCAUAAGGACGGGCAAGGAGGAGGUGGGAACAGGCUGAACAGUCAAAAUAAAGGUUUAAUGAUAUAAAUGAACAUAAAACAACAUAAACCAUAAGACAAAAACACAUGCAAUGCGCCUGCGUGCAUCGCCUCCGACUCCCCUUUAUCUCACUCUUCCACUGAUUCAGCACCAGUCCUGCAUCAUCACUGCCUGGCCACGCCCUCCUCUUUGUCACAUAUACAUUAAGUUCUCAUUCAUAAGAAAAAAUAAAAUGCAUUGUCAUAAAGACUAUAAAAUCUUGGCUGUAGUUUUGUCAAGGUAUGACAUCCCCUGGCAUGGGUGACUAUGGGGAAAGUACCAGAAUGUGGUUAGUCAUCAGUGUCUUCCAAAUGGUUUAUCAAAGCUCACAAAACUUGGCAGGAAGUUGGGAAGGAAGUUGUGUAUUUUUAUAAGAUAUCAUGUAGGUUUAAGCAGCUUUGCCUCCUUUUCCGUACCACUCCCUCUUUUUGUAAUUGCCAACAUUAAAUUUGUUGAGGGGUGUCUGGGUGACAUUUUUGUGGUUGCAGAUCAAAGAUGGCAUUAAGUGAAAAUAUUAAGAGAAUCUUUAACUUCCUCUAUUUCUAAAAUAUACAAUAAUUUGUAUAACACACAUUUUACAUUUGAUUGCAACAAAAUAUGCAUUUUAAUGAUAACUCAGAAAUGUUUGUGCUUAAUGUGUGGAUAAAAUUUGAAUGAUUUUCACCACCUGCCUGAUUUCUUUGGGUACUUAAUGCCUCUUAUCUAUGUGUCUGCCUGUUUGUGUUUUGUGAGAAUGUUUGUGUGAGUGAGAGAAACAGAAUUCAAAUGUAUUUGUUAAUUUAGUGGUACAAUAUCUUAUGCACAUACAGUAUGCUUGUGGAAAUAGAGCGGGAAUGUGGUGUGAGUGUGAGUGAAAGAAAGAAUACAAAUUUAGCUGUUGAAUCACCUCCUGCCCGCCCACAUACAGUUGGUGUCAGCUGUUUUCCUUCUCAAUAUGUUCUCUAUCUCCAACCAUCAAAAGUAAAUUGAAUGAAUAUGGCGAUUAUCUUUGAGUGACUCACGUUGAACAAUAAAGCAAAGCAAGUUUUUUUUUAUUUAUUUUUUUUUUUUUAAAAGGCUAUAAAAUACAUUGAAUGCUUAUUUAAUCUCUGUUAACUUUGUAUUUGCUUAGUGAAUAACAAUGAACCAAUUAGUCAGUGGCUU